AACACUCCACUUAUUCAUUGUGAAUUUAAUAUUCCUCCUUAAAAUAUUCCUCUUGAAGAAGACGAAUGUAAUAUCAAACUUUAUUCCAUAGUCAACUCUCACUCGCUCCUCCUCUGCGUUUCAAGACGUGACGCCGAAACCCCCUUCAACCACACGCGACGCUAAAAACCCCUCUACCGACCAGCGCCGAAGUUGCCAUCUCCACCCACCGGUCACCGCCUUGCUACUACCACGCCGUUCUUACUAAUUAGUAAUUACCAUGGCUGCAACUGCAUCUGAUGAACAAAAUGACCAAGUUUCCAUAAAAGUUUUGGUAGACAAAGAGAAAAGUAAAGUCCUGUUCGCAGAGGCAACGAAGGAUUUUAUUGAUGUUCUUUUCAGCUUCUUAACAUUGCCUUUGGGGACGAUUGCUAGACUCGUGGCUGCAGAGUCAAAUAUUGAAGCAGUGAAAUUUGGCAGCAUUAGCUCACUCUAUCAAAGUGUGGCGAAUCUUGAUGAACAAUGUCUAUGGAAUCAAACCUGCAAAGAAAUGCUACUCAGACCAAGAAACUCGAUGGACUGUUAUUGCAGGAAACUCAAAUUGAACAUUGACGGAACAGAAUGCUUGCCAUUUUUCUUUUGUAAAGACCGUACUUGCAAAGUUAAUAAUAGUUGUGCGAGUAUUUUUAGGAAUCAAAAAUGUAUCUGUGGAAAGUUAUUGAAUGUAUUUCACCCUCCGAAUUUAACUACAGAAGAUGGCUUUGUUAAGGAAACCAUGACCUUUAUCGUUUCUGAUGAUCUUUUUGUGAUGCCUAAUCUUCUUGGAACAAGUAUAAAUCUCCUUCAGAAGCUUGGAGUCAAUGACAUUAACACUUUUGAUAAACAAACCGUAAUUAUCAGCAAGAAGGAGGUAACUGAUCUUCUCAAGUUGUCUUUGAUCUCAAAGACUCCUCUAUCAGACUUUAUCUUUAAAAAGGAACAGUUGGUCGGUAAUUUAGACCCAAGAAAUGUUGUGGAGUUUUGGAUUGGAUUGGGCGAGGUAGAGGAACCAUGUCAUGAGUCUAAUAAGAUGACCGUGAAUGUACUGAGAAGAAAAUCAAAUCAACAAAUUUUGUUUGUUGAAGGACAGGAAGAUUUUGCUGACUUUCUUUUUAGUUUUCUAACCUUUCCCUUAGGAGGAGUGUUGCACAUGCUUGUAGGGUUCUCUUCUAUAAGCUGCAUUGAUAAUUUAUAUAAGAGCAUCACCGAGUUGAGUUCAGACAGGUGUUUAAGAUCACAAGUUGUAAAAGACACGGUAUUAACUAACCCUUAUAUUAGCUUUCAAUUCGAACUCAGGAACAAGAUAUUACCCAUACCUGUGCAUCCGGUAAUAUCUAGGGCAUUGAAAUUUGUUGAUCCCAAAUCCCCUAUUUCUGGAGGAUUUACUAGAGGACCAACAUCGUUCAUGGUGACAGAUGGCUUUGUUGUGACUCCAACUUCAUCCAUUUCUGGUCUUGCAUAUUUAGAAAAAACAAAUGUUCCUCUUAAUGAUGUAGAAGAAAGGGUCAUCAGUAUUGGUCAGAAGGAGGGUCUCAACAUACUAAAAGCUUCAUUGACCUCAACUUCUGCUCUAACUAACGGUCUCGGCCAUUCCAUGAUACAUCAAUUCUUACGUGAAAAUUUUCCAUAGGCAUUAUAGAUAGCCUAUUAAAAGCUCAGGAGUAUAAGUUAUAAAUGAUAGAGCGUACUACUGUUGUAACAUGAUAUUUGGGAUUGGGAGAAGUCGAUUGACUCAUUUGCAGCUUUUAUUGUAUCUGUUUUUCCUGAUUUGGUUACAAUAUUACUGACUAUUUACAGAA